AUGUAUUCGCAAGAUACGACGCCGAGGCUGUCGGCCGAUUGGAACGACCUACACAAACAUCCGACGCAUCCCCGUGAGGACUCGGAACCCGAAGCAUUCACCAGACUCGAGACGGCGCAGUCGCAUCUGCCGCUGCCGUCGUCGAUAUGGAAGGAGAGCAUCUUCGUGGCGACGGUAUGCAUGGGUCAGUUCAUGACUCAGGCGGGCCUCUGCGCAGCCAUCGCACCGGUUCACAUCAUCGGCAAGUCCUUUUCGGUCACCAACGCGGCAGAGUUGAGCUGGUACGCCGCAGCGUACAGUCUCACGGUGGGGACCUUUAUCCUUGUUGCCGGCCGCCUGGGUGAUGUUUACGGCCACCGGCUGCUCUUCAUCGUCGGGUUCGUCUGGUUUGGCGUCUGGUCCCUCAUUGCCGGCUUCAGUGCGUGGUCCGGCUCGCAGAUUUUCUUCGACGUCUGCCGUGCUCUGCAGGGUAUCGGCCCGGCCAUGGUGCUGCCCAAUGCCAUCGCCAUCCUGGGCCGCACGUAUCCGCCCGGCCCACGCAAGGAGAUGGUCUUCAGCCUGUUCGGCGCCACGGCUCCCAACGGGUUCAUCAUCGGGGGGGCGUUUGCCUCGCUGUUCGCCGAGCGGGUCUGGUGGCCAUGGGGAUACUGGGUGCUGGGCAUGGUGUGUUUUGUGCUGGCGGUAAUGGGCCGACUAGUCAUCCCCGCCACGCCGCGGCCGCACUUUGACGACGACAAGCUGCGGUUCUGGACUCGGCUCGACCUGGCCGGCGCCUCGACGGGCAUCUCAGGCCUGGUCCUCAUCAACUUUGCAUGGAACCAGGCGCCGCUGGUCGGCUGGGCGGAACCGUACACGUACGCCCUGCUCAUCGUCGGCUUCGUGCUCCUUGCGGUGUUUGCCCUGAUCGAACGCUCCGCCGCGUGUCCGCUCCUCCCGCGCUCCGUCUUCACGGGAGACAUGGCCUGGGUCCUGGGCUGCAUCUCCGCAGGCUGGUCCAGCUUCGGCAUCAUCAUCUACUACUUCUACCAGUUCAUGGAGGUCAUCAAGGGCGACUCCCCGCUACUGGCCACCGCGAAAUGGUCCGCCGCCACCAUCUCGGGCGCCAUCGCUGCCAUUGUCACGGGCUUCCUGCUCGGCCGCUUGCCCCCCAGCGUCAUCAUGUUCUGCGCCAUGCUCGCCUUUACCGCCGGCUUGACCAUCUUCGCCACCGUCCCCGUCGACCAGAUCUACUGGGGUCAGGCCUUCGUUGUCAGUAUAAUCACCUCGUGGGGAAUGGAUAUGUCUUUCCCCUCCGGCACGCUCAUCCUCAGCAACGCAAUGCACAAACACCACCAGGGCCUUGCGGCGUCUCUGGUCAGCACUACAGUCAACUAUUCCAUUUCGCUCGGGCUAGGCUUCGCCGGCACGGUCGAAGCCCACGUCAACGACGGUGGCAACAACGUCCUCCGUGGAUACCGCGGCGCGUUAUACAUGGGCGUCGGGCUUGCCGGGUUGGGACUCGUAGUCUCCAUCUGUUUCAUGUUCGUCAGCUGGAAACGAUUCCGGAAGGGCUAUUAG